AUGAGAUAAAGAGCAGAGACCAUAACCUUUAAAUAAGUUGUGUUUAAAUUAAAAUGCCAAUUAGAAUAACCUAAAUAAAUAUACUUCAAUCUAAAAAGAAAGGAUGUACCUAGUGAUACAGAAGAAGUCUAAUAAUACAAUAUGGAAUUGGAGGCAUAACAGGAUUAAAUUUUCACAUAUUCUAUUAGUGUUUAGGUUUAAACCAAAAUUAGAUAUGAAUAUCAAUAUUUAAUUGAAAAAGAAAUGGAAUAGGGUUUUAGAGGUUUUGAAUUUAGUUAAGAUGAUCCUUUAAAUGUAGAUGAAUGGAAUAAAUAAUGGUGUAAAUAUAAAUUUACUUUUGGUGAUGAUCAAAUGUUUUUAGAGGGUUAUAAUACAAAUGUUAGAGAUUAAGGAAAUCAUAAUUUGAUUAAAUUAGAAAGGACUCGCAAUAAUAAGAAUAUAAUUGGGUAAGAGUUAGUAGAUUUAAACAGAGAUUAAAAAAAUAGACAAUUAUGUUUUAUUUAAAAGGAUUUAAUGGGACGAGAGGAAAAUAUAGGAGAAUAUUUACAAAUUAUCAAUCUUGCUAAGGUUGAUAAAUUUAAUUCUAAUUUUAUCUUUGUUGAAUUUAAAGAAAUAGAUGUAAAAGCUAAAUAAAGAAUGAAUAGUUAUUCAAGACUUUUUCAAAAUUGUAAAAUACUACAAUAUAAAUAUGAAGAUUUAUAAUCAAAAUUUACAAAUUCUGGAUUAGUUGCUUCAGAAUAAAAUAUUCAAUAAUUAAAAAAUCUCUAUGAAAAAAAAAUCUUAGAAUAGAAUCAAAGUCAUACUUAAAAAAUUAUUGAAUUAGAAAACAAAUUUUACAGUGAGUAAAAAGAAAUUAUGAAAAACAAUCAACAAUAACUUUAAGAAUAACAAAAAAGAAUGGAAUAAGACUUUGAAAGAUUUAAAGAUUAUUCAGAAUAACUUAUUUAAAGAUAUAUUGAUGAAAAUGAAAAAGCUAAUAAAAAAAUUAGAGAAUUUGAAUUUUCAAAAGUUAAUUUCAAGUCUGAAGAAAUUAUAAUUUAUGCAGAUGAUGAUUAUAAUCAAAUGUCCAAAGAAGAAUAAGAUAAUCUUAAGAAACUUUAAGAAUGUUUAAUGGGAUAUGAAUCUAAAAUCAAAUAAAUGAAAGAAGUAUAAGAUUUAUAAUAAGAAAAAUUUGAUGAAUAAAAUUAGAAAAAGGCAAAUGGAAUUAAAAAAGUCAAAGAAUCCUUAGAAGAAAAAUUCAAUGAAUAAAAUAAAAAAAAGGAAAAUGAAAUUAGAUAAGCCAAAGAAUCCUUAGAAGAAUGUAAAGAAAAAUUGAAAUAAUGUUUGAAAUCUAUAUAAGAAAAAGAUGAAGAAAAAGAAAAAUAAAGUGCUGUUUAAACAAAAUACAAAUCGAAAUUGUAAGAUGUUUAAAAAAAAUUGGAGAAUUAAGAAAAUAAUUUAAAUGAUUACAUUAAAAAAAUAAAGGAAUUAGAAGAUAAAUAUGAAUAAGAAUAAACUUAGAAUAGAAAACAAAAAGAUGAAUUUGAAACAUCGCUGAAAAAAUUAAAGUAAACAUAAGAAGAUUAAAUUAAUUAAUUACAAAAAUAAAAUUAUUCAAUCCUAGAGUAAAACAGUUUAAUUAAUAAAAAAAUGAUUGAUAAUGCAUAAUAAGAAUAUUAAAGAAAUUAGAUUUAGUUGAUUGAUUUGGAAACAAAAUACUAGCAUGAAAAAAUUAUGAAUGAGUUAAAUUCUCUUAAAUAAUUUUAACCACUUGGUGGAUAAGAUAUUUAAUAAAGAUAACAAUUAUUUUUUAAUAAAAUUUAACAACUGAAAAAAUUGUUCGAAGAUUUAGAAGAUGCUUUAUAAAAAUUGUAAGAAGAAAAAAUAUCACAUCUAAAAGACUUAGGGAUUGAAAUUAUAUAAAACAUAAAUUAUUUUAAUCUUAAAAAUUUAGAAGAAUUAAAACAUGAUAAUGUCUUAAUAUAAUUUGAGUAAAUUUGUAAAUUGUAAGCUUUGCUUAAUUUAAUUAUUUCAAACCAAUAAUAAUUAACUAAAAGUUAAGAAGACAACAAUAAUUUUAGUUUUUUUGAAAAUAUUUCAACUGAACUUAAAUCGAAUUUUUCGGAGAUAAGAUAGAUAAAGCAAAGUUUAAAUUAUGAAAAUCGCUCAAUAGUUAUUUAAAGGAAGUAAAAAAAAUCAAAAAAUAAGUUGGAAGAUGUAUUGAGUUAGUUUGAAUAAAACAAGUAAAAAAUAUGGUUGCUGUUGGCAAUAAUCAUAGUUUUAGUUUUUGGUGCAUUAUUUUUCUAAUUCAUAAAUUGA